CUUGGAAUUGACUAGAUUCAAUCAGUGCUGAACGUUUUACACAUUUUGCAUUAAUGACAGAGGAGUACUACUGUUGGGUUAUUUCUUCUCCUAGAAGAUCUGAUUUUCAGUGAGGGUGGACUGACAGGUGCUCAACUGAUUUACAAUGGUAUGAUGAGUGUGGUACCGUCAGAGUUGGGUGAAGCUAUUGUAUGUAGACACUAGUGGAAUAAUAUUCCCCUUUUACUGACUGAGAAACUAAGUGACAUUGAGAUCAUGAGGCCUGGCCACAAAAACUCAGCAGGCUCUUUAUGGAUCUGGGAAUCAAGCUAUGAUGUCUUCUAAAACCCAGUUAAAAUUUCUGACCAGUGUUGCAGUGACAGACAGAGGCACUAAGUAGUGAUGUUUUGAGGAGCUCACUUCUGUCUUAGGCACAAGAUUAAUCUACUAAUUGUGAAUACAGAAUGAAUUUAUCUCACUGUAGAGUUAUAAAAUUAUGCUUUCAGUGUGACUUUUUAAGAAUCUUUCUGCUCAUUCAACAUCAUGUUCUAUAAACCAGAGUGCUUACAAAGGGAUUCUGUUCAACCUCAUCUCUGUAUAACAAAAAGCAGCCUACAACUGUAAGGUCUCUUUCUAUUCAUCAUUCACCACAUCUGUUGCUUGCUUGGACACUGACCAAAAUGAUUCAUGAACUUAUUUUGGUGAAAUACUGGGGUUAUACAGAAAGCCAGUAUUUCAAAACGGAGGAACCAACUUCCUCAGCUGAAGACAAACACAGAGUAUCGUUCUGCAGCUUUAUUAGGAGGAAGGCAGUAGCCAAGUGAAGCGGCUGGGAUCACGCUGAAGUCACUCUGAACUCUGCAGAUCACUUCAUUCUUCCUUCUGCUACAGAGCUCACAUCUGUGAUUUACAGUGUGUUUCGUUCCAAAGAACUAAACAAGAAAGCAACUCUGCAACAUGACAUUUGAAGAUUUUGAGAACUACUCGUACUUCUAUGACCUGUCUGAGGAAGAUGAAUCACCCCAGUCCUCCCUCAGCAUUGCCCACAUAAUUUCCCUUUCCUUGUACAGUGUGGCAUUUCUGCUGGGAGUGCCAGGUAAUGCCAUCGUCAUCUGGUUUAUGGGCUUUAAGUGGGAUAAAACUGUCUCUACACUCUGGUUCCUCAAUCUGGCCAUUGCAGAUUUCAUUUUUGUUCUCUUCUUGCCCCUCUAUAUUACGUAUGUGGCAAUGGGCUUCCACUGGCCUUUUGGGAAGUGGCUCUGCAAAAUGAACUCAUUCAUUGCACUACUUAAUAUGUUUGCUAGUGUUUUCUUCCUGACAUUCAUCAGCCUUGACCGCUACAUCCGCCUUGUCCAUCCAGUCUUUUCCUACAAGUAUCGGACUGUACGGAACACUCUCAUUCUUAGUGGGAUCAUUUGGAUGUCAGCUGCAAUUAUUGGUGGUCCUGCCUUAUACUUUAGAGACACGGUUACAGUCCUCAACAAUGUCACCAUUUGCUACAACAACUUCCAUGUGCAUAACAGAGAACUUAUUUUGCUGACGCAUCACAUUCUCAUUUGGGUGAGGCUUGCAUUUGGUUACCUCUUUCCUCUAGUGACCAUGGUCAUUUGCUACUCAUUGCUGAUUGUCAAAGUGAAGAGGAGAACUGUAUUGACUUCCAGCAGGCUUUUCUGGACCAUCAUUGCUGUAGUUGUAGCUUUUUUUGUUUGCUGGACACCAUAUCACAUAUUCAGCAUCGUGGAGCUGUCAGCUCACCAUGAUGAAAACUUGCAUGACUUACUGCAGGAUGGCAUUCCCCUCUCCACCAGCCUUGGCUUCAUCAACAGUUGCCUCAAUCCAAUCCUUUAUGUUCUGAUUAGCAAAAAGUUCCAGGCUGAGGUCAAGACUACGGUCUCUGAGGUGCUGAAGUUGGCACUGUGGGAGGUGAGCCGCUCUGGAACUGUCAGUGAGCCGCUGUGGAGCUCGGACAACACCCAUGCGCCUGUGCACUAUUGUGAAACUGCCCAGUGACUGCUCCUGUCACCGUCCCUCUCCAAAACAGCCGUCAGGAGAUUUGGAGGUGUUCUUGACUUUGCAUCUGUCGGUCAGAUGUGCAUCUUUGCAUCUACAGUUGUAUGUAAACACCUGGCUUCAUUGCACUCGCUGCUGUCCUUGAAAAAGUUAGAAAGGAUGCAUCGUUUGGGUGUGGUGAGCUUGCAGUGCACACAC